AAAUUUUCAAUGAAGAAUGGAGGAUGAGAAUCGAGCUUGAUUUGAAUAUUGAAAAAUUUAUCUCUUGUUCUCUUCAUAUUAUCAAACAUUGUUCCAUAAGUAUUAUCAAUAUCUGGGUAAAGGGUAAUAUGAUUUGGAGGGAAAUUCUAAAAACGGACGUUGAUCGAAGCACACCUGUUUAGUUUACUCGAUCAUCCUCAGUUGGGGAUGGGAAUGUUUGCUGUGAAUGUGAAUUUGCGUUAUUUGUUUUUGUGUCAACGAACUUUCAGUUAAAAUGACUUCGAUAAACAUGCGACAACAAAAAUUAGAACAACAGCGUCAGCUGAUGGAACAGAAAAUGCGUCAGAAGCGUCAGACGCCAGGCAUGAUUCAGGCAUCUGACGUGACAAGUGCAGCACUUGUCAAGAACAGGGCUAUGCGAGCCACAUCAGCUAGUCGCGGCAGAGAGCUCUAUGGUCAGUACUUAUUAUUUAUUGAAAAGUUACAGUUUAUUUAUUUAUUCAAUCAUUCAGAAUUACACAACUUAGUAGUGGGUGGUGGGACAGAUCACAUGACGGAUAUGUGUUGCAUGCACCAUUCCAGACCGUUGUCAUCACUAAUCAGAUGUGAUCGGAUAAGAGUGGGAUCGGAAAGUCUACCUGUUCCCUUCAUUUACAACAGUGUCAAUGAGAACCAAGAGCUACAGGGAGACGUGGUUGGGAACCUGGACACGUUUGUGAUGACCCCAGCGGUGCAGCGUGUUCACUACAAGUGCAGGAUAACCAGGGACAGAAAGGGCAUGGACAGAGGGCUCUAUCCCACAUACUUUCUACACUUGGAGAGAGAUUAUGGCAAGAAGAUAUUCCUGCUAGCCGGCCGGAAGCGGAAAAAGAGCGCAACGAGCAACUACCUGAUCUCGACGGAUCCGACCGACCUGUCACGUGGCGGGGAGGCGUUUGUGGGCAAGCUGCGCUCCAACCUGCUUGGCACUCAGUUCACCGUCUACGACCACGGCAAGUCGCCCAAGCACUGCAGUCUCAAGGAUGACAUCGACAAGCCACGACAGGAGUUGGCUGCUGUCGUCUAUGAAACGAAUGUUUUGGGCUUCAAAGGACCAAGGAAGAUGACUGUCAUCCUGCCAGGCAUGACACAAGACUGCCAAAGGGUACAAAUCACACCAAUCGAUGACACUGAGAGUCUAUUAGAAUGUUGGCGUGCGAAAAACAUGGACAACCUAGUUGAGCUGCACAACAAGACACCGGCCUGGAACGAUGACACUCAGUCCUAUGUGCUUAACUUCCACGGCAGGGUCACUCAGGCGUCUGUCAAGAAUUUCCAGAUAGUCCACGAUUCUGACCCUGAAUACAUUGUAAUGCAGUUUGGACGAGUGGCUGAGGAUGUAUUCACAAUGGACUACAGAUACCCUCUCUGCACAUUGCAGGCUUUUGCAAUAGCUCUCAGUAGUUUUGAUAGCAAACUAGCUUGCGAAUGAAUCAUCUCAUUCACUUUCUUCUCAAAAAGAUUUUAUACAACUCAGCCAUCCACCAGAAGAUUCUGUGUUACUUUCGAUAAGCUAAAUAUUUCUACGAUGUCUCCAGCCUCACCAAGAGAAACUUCUGCGGUAUCUACGUCAGUAUAAGAUUGCGCGUUUCUUUUAUGAGAUGAUCUUAAUUUUCAUUGUUAUGAUUUGUUGUUAUGAACAACAAUGAUUAUUUUAACAGGAUAUCCGUUAGAAAAUAACUCAAUCCUUUUAAUAUUUCAUAUUUGAAAAAUGAAUUCAUAAUUAUUGUUCUUUCAAUAGAUUUUUUAUUAUUGCAUUCCAGAGAUUUCACUGUUACUGAAAUCCAGUGAAAAUUGUUUAGUUUUCCAAAUUAUUUUCUCUCUUUUCUUCUUAGAAAUACACCGUGAUUCAAAAAGAAUACCACAACUUUGAAAAUCUGUAUUUAAUCAAGGAAACAUAAUAGAAACUUGGGUUAUAAAUCAAAAUGAAGAGUAUUAAAAUAAGUUUUUCCCCAC